UUGGGACAAUUCUAGAGUUGGGGACGAACACAUGCAUUGCAUGCUGCUUGGCUUGCCAAACGAAUAAUCUAGCAAAAACCAACAUGGAUGCCUCCACAACCAGAGUACAGCAUCCCCCGUGUAAGUGGGCUCAGAGAGCAGACACUGUGAUUAUUACAAUCAAUGUAGAAGAUAUUGAGAAAGAACAGCGAGUUGAAGUGGAGGAUAACAGACUUUUCUUUCACUGUAAAGGUGGCCAUGAGCACCUUGUGUAUGAGCUCGAUUUUAAGUUUUUCAAAGAAGUUGACUCUAAAAGUUUAAGAAAAAUGCCAACGGGCAGAGAACUCACAUUGGCUCUGAAAAAGAAAGAACCGGGAACGCCAUUCUGGCCUAGACUUUGUGAAUCAAAAGACAAGCAACACUGGCUGAAAGUAGACUUCAGUAGAUGGAAAGAUGAAGACGAUUCAGAUGUAGAAGAAGAUGGCAGCUUUGAAGAUAUGAUGAAGAAGAUGGGAGGAGGUGUACCACAAGAAGAAAUGUUAGGAGGUUUAGAUGAUGAACAAGAAGACAGUGAUGAUGAAGAGUUACCGGAUUUAGAAUAGAUUCCAGAGUGACGAGAGUGAAGCAUCGGAACCCAGGAGAGCUGUCUUGAUUAAUUUCAUCAUUAUAUGAAGCUCCAAACUACAUCCUUUAUUCUACUAUCCUGGGUGGCCGUCACCAGCCACGAGCCAUCAUUCAUCUCAUACAAUUUCUCAUCGCGUCAAUAUCCCGGGAGGACUUAAAUUUAGGCCAAAUAAGUGCAUAGAAAUAGCUACUUUAAAUCCUAAGACUCCAUAAGUGUUGUGUAUAGUCCAGGGCCCAAUUUCAUAAAGCCUGUAAGCAUACAAAAUUGCUUAGCACAGACUAAUCUCGCUCAAGAGAAACU